UGUGCAAACUGCGGCACAACAACAACCCCACUCUGGAGAAGGGCUCCCAACGGCGACACAAUCUGUAACGCAUGUGGACUCUAUCUCAAAGCACGCAACACUCUCAGACCACCCACAAUGAAAAGAAGUCUGGUCAGAAAAGACGGCUCCGGCACCACAUUCAACCAGCAGCAGGUCAACAAACAAACCCUCAUGUGUGCAAACUGUCGCACCACCACAACCCCACUCUGGCGCCGAGACGAGGCUGGAAACACUAUCUGCAAUGCAUGUGGUCUCUACUACAAACUGCACAACGUACACCGGCCUGUCAGCAUGAAACGAAGCGUCAUCAAACGUCGAAAACGA